AUGAAGCUUGUGAUCGGCGGUUCGACCGGCUUUGUCGCCGCAGAAUUGAUCUCCCAAGCUCUCAAGAACCCUGCAAUUACCUCGAUAGUCGCCCUGGGGCGACGCAUGGCUCCUGUGCCGUCAGAGGCCGACCCUGCCGCUGCAAAACUGAAAUCAAUCAUCUGCGACAACUUUGAGAGGUAUUCUGACCCUGUAAAAAAGGAAUUCGAGGACGCGGAUGCCUGUAUUUGGACCAUUGCCGUGACACCGAUGAAGCUUAAUACCGUCCCAUGGGAGGAGACUUGCAAGAUCUCCCGCGACUACGCCACCACAGCCAUUCAGGCUCUGCAUGCCCUCCGUCAAACGCCAGAUAAACCGCGCCGCUUCAUCUACAUGAGCGGCCAUUUUGCGCCCCGCAGCCGGGCUGAAGUACCCGAAGAAUUGCAAAACCACGGCCUUAUUGACUACGGCCUACUGCGGGGAGAGACAGAAGCACUCGUUCUCGCUUACGGGGAACAGUCUCAAGGCGCAGUCCAAUCCUGCGUCGUGAAGCCUGGGCUCAUCGAUGCGCCGGGCAAGGAGAAGCGAGAGAUCCCGGGCCUCCCACAUAUCGACCUGCCCGACAUCGCAGCAGCUUUGCUGGAUCAAGUAGUCCAUGGGUUUGAGGAAGAUACGCUCAGCAAUUCUGAUCUGAUCCGGAUUGGACAGCGGGCUCGGGCUGGGGAGCUGACAGCUUGA